UUUUUUUUUUUUAUCCUGUACUUAUUUUUCUUUCUUUCUUUCUGAAUUAUUACUUACAAAAAAUAAAAAUAAAGAACUAUUUAUUUCUUCAGCAGCCACAAAAUAGACAUUUCAAUGAUGAGCAUCUAUCUCUAACAGGAAUAUGAAUAAUAAACAUUAAAUUAUUAUUUUCUUAACUAAUUUUAUUUUUUUAAAAAAUCUUUAUAAUUUGGUAAUUUCUAAGAAACAAAUUGACCCAAAAUAAAUAAAUAAAUUCCAAGAAACAAACAAAACAAGUGACCUGUAUGUAAAAUCAAAUUAAAGCCCUUUAAUUUUGCAGCAAAUUUUUUUAAAAAAAUAAUAAUUAAAACCCUUUGAAAACACAAAGUUGAAUUUUUGUGUAAAAGCUUUGGUUCAAGUUUUGAAACCCCGGUGCGAAGGGAAAAAAAAAAAAAUGGAGAAAACCUUCACUUUGCUUCACACAGUAGUCACUGCUGGAGUAUUCUCUGCUGUUUCCUUCUGGUAUGGAUUCAUGUUUGGUAGAGAAUCUGCUCGACAAGAGCUAGGCAACCUAAUCGAAGAUCUUCGUCGAGGAAAUCCCAACCAAAAUCCACCUCCAUCUCAUUCUUGAAUCCAAUGGGUGCAGACAAUGCCAAAUUAUUGGUCAAGCAUAGAUAUAAGUUUUGGUUCCCUCCAUUCUCCUUUUUCUUCACUUUAUCCCUACAAUGAUUCCCGCAACACUCAAGAAAAUAAGUUUUUAAUUUUUGUAAAUUUUAGUUGUCCGAAAUGUUGUUUCUGCUAAUUUUUGGUUAUGUUUUGAUAUGACUGACAGGAGAAAGAAUAAUCUCUGUUAAUUUUAAAUUAUCUGAGCAUUUAGCAUAAGCCUGUAAAACUCUAGAAGUUUGAGCAUGGAGGAACUACCUGCAACUUUUAAAGUUAAAGUUAGACAUGGGAGUUGCCUUGUGUUUGAGACAAAUAUAUCUUUGAUAUCUAUUACAUACUAUUUGUGAAAGUAUGAAACUAUACAGCUAAAUUACAAUUUUUUUUUGGUCACCCAUACACACAUAAUUAUUGUGGAUGGAGGUAGCUUACAACUAAAGUCUUCAUAGGAUACUAAUAGAUUCAUUCAGUUUGGGGGAAAAGGAAAUGUAAAUUUCUAUUUGUUAUUAUGUUGCUUAAUGCUUAAGCUACAUGUCUGAUGGAAGUGUGUAUAUAUAUAUAUAUAUAUAUAUAUAUCCACUUGCCUUACUGGUAUGUUGGUGAUACGGUUGCAAGUGAUAAAUCUGGGUUCAGGUCUCUUUGUUCGUUUGGAUACCUAUUUUUGCCUUCUGAAUAUUGUCUUGCUCUUCGUUUUCACUUGCCAAAUUGUACUUUAUUUAUGCAAUUAACCAUUCAUUCUUUGCGUUCAUUGAAGGUGAUAGUUCGACAUUCCAGAUCCUCAAAUGUAUUGCUGAAAGAAAAUCUCAGGUUUUCGGCUUGUUUGAAAAGGACGAAUCUUGUUAUUUGUAUGCUUGGAUGAAAAUCUCUCAGUUUUACUUCUUUUCUACACUCUUGCCGUUAGUUUCCUUGGUUUCAUUGAAAAUCGAUAAUUCCAGAAAAAAGAAAAAUUUGUUUGCUGAGUUCAUAUCCUCAUCUUUAUUUUGAAAGAGGGCAGUCACAAUGCUUAUUAAUUUUUUGGACUUUCACCAGGUGACAACAUUGGUAAACUGACGGCAACAGAUAACCCUAAUGGUGCUAUCUCCUGAAACUAUUAAGAGCUUGAGAAAUCCAAAUACUCUGGUUGGUUUGCAUUACGAUGAGACCUAGCCGAUCAUGACAACAAUUCCCUCACUUGGAAUUUCUUGAUGAAGCACGAAUAAAAGAUGAAACCAGGAGGUCCAACGUUUCUAAAAGCCGGUGUGGUGACCUCAACUUCAUACAAGUUUUGUACAAUUUGUGCUACUCUUUCAGGGUCAAGUACUAACUCGUUAUGAUUUAUUGAGAAUGACUUGGUGGUAUACGACGGCAAUACCAUCUGGGAUGCGUUGCAGUUCAGUGUUCCUACUGCUGCUAUCUUUCCAGCUGCAAUUGCACUUUGGUAAAUAUCACUAGUGUUUUCUUGUGCUAUCACUAACAGCAAUACUUUUAUCACAGAUUAUAUAAUGCUUGAAUGCUUCUUAUAUCCAAAUAGAUAAAACUCAAAAAUCACAGGUGUAAUUAUGAGCACUAAUUCUUUCUUUUUCUUCU